GGGACCGAAUAAUAAUAAAAUUUUUUAUUCUUUUUUUGUAAACAGAAAAAUAGUACGACCCCUGAAGUUUCAACAACAAAUUGUUGUCAACAAUUAAUUACCAGUGAAUCCAAAGUGUUGCGAUGAAUUCUAUUGUUGGAAAGGAAACCUCCAAACGAGGCAAGAAGAAAAAUUUUGUUCCAAUCUUAGAUUUUGAUAACAACAUUUUGUUACCCGGUCGUCAUCCCUGUGACUGUGAAGCUUCUGCUCAUAAAUUGAUCAACAACUGUACAUCUUGUGGUCGGAUUGUCUGUGAACAAGAAAGGGUUGGCGAUUGUUUCACUUGUGGUGAAUUUGUUAACGAUAAAGAAAUUGAAAGACAAAAUGAAGCUGCUGCUGCAAGUGUUGCUGCCUAUUUGAGCUCAUCCCAUCAGGGUAAAGAGAAUGAAAAAAAGAAGAAAGUUGAGAAAAAUAAGCGAGAAGGAAUCAGAAAUAUCGCUGCUAGUCUAGAAAAAGCUGUUCAACAUAAGAAUACAUUGUUAGAAUAUGAUCGUACGUGUAAACAACAAACGCGUGUAAUUGACGAUGAAAGUGAUUAUUUCAAGUUGACAUCUCAACACUGGUUAAGUCAAGAUGCAAGGGACAAAAUUGCUAAAAUUGAUCAACUGCAAGAGAAAAAAUUCGCUAAAGACCGAACCCUUACACUAGAUAUUGUUAACCGAAGGUUUGAAGAGAAUGUGACCCCCGUUAUCGCUGAUGUUAGUAAAGUGGUCAAAGAAAUUGAAGACGACGCUGCUUAUAAAUCAGAUUAUGUAGUCGUGGAUAGUAAAAAGAUCAACAUCAAUGAGAAAUUACCCCGAGCAGCUUAUUGUGAGAAAGAGAAAAAGAAAGAAGUAACCAAAAAGGGGAAGCAGGCCAAAAACGAUAAGACAAUCGAACCAACAACUUCUUCAGCUCCGAUUAGACUGAAUUCCUCAAUUUUCAGUAACAAUUUACGACUUCAAGGUCCUGAAUUGAUGGAAAUGAGCGAUUCCGGUGUAUGUUUAACCAUUCAACAACCGUGGGCAUCAUUGGUCAUCUCAGGAAUCAAACUUCACGAAGGUCGCAGUUGGUACACACAUUAUCGAGGUCGUAUUUGGAUCCAUGCAUCAGGAAAAAUCGUGACUCAAGAUGAAAUCAAUGAGGCUGAAAAAAUCUUCUCUCUAAUGACCAAAACUAAUACAAAAUUCUCAAUAGAUUAUCCAAGAUCUCUAUUGCUUGGAUGUGCAACUCUCAAAGAUUGUCUACCACAAGAAGAGUAUAAAAAAUCAGUUGAAAAUCCCUACAUGGAAUCGACUUACGUUUGGAUAUUAGAAGAUCCUAUUAAGUUAAAGGUCAAAAUUCCAAUGGAUUCGAAAUCAAAUCGACUUUUUAAUUUGGACGAUCAAAUUCUGAAAGCUGCAUCGAAACAACUCAACUUCUCUUUAUAAUCAAUCAGAAAUUUCGUUAAAUUGGAUACAAUAUUUUAAUAUUUAAAAAGAAUCUAAGAUUCGUGUUGAAUUAACUUAA